CGGCACAGAGACAGAGAGAGGGAGGAGGAGGUUUCAAAGCACCAGAGGACUUUCGGAAGGGGAGGUAACUUAAAGGAAGCUUCCUCGCUUCGCAUCAUCCACCGAGGUGUUGCGCUGCGCCGCUGUCAACAAGGGUUUGGCAGGUUGAAGGCUCGCCGUCUCUGCACCACCAGCCGGCUGGAGACCACACAUGGGAAGUACGGCCGUGGACACGGGCAAGAAGAAAGGGGGGAUGAAGAGGAACAAGCGGCGUAUGUUGCGCCUCAAUAUCCCGGAUCUCAGUUCGUUUGCUAUGCCUUUCCUGGAUGCAGAUGUAGAAUCCUCUGAUAAAGAACUUUUGCAAAAGGGGGAAGACGCCCCCCACACCUGCGACAGUCCCUCCAAAGGAUUCUUCUCCCGGAAUUUUUACCAUCGGCCGUCCAGCCCCGUCUCGGCCCCGGUGAGAGUGAAGCAAAGUCCUGGCUCCCCCAAAACGGUCUUCCCCUUUCCCCAAGACUCUUCGCCAAGGUCUCCCCGACGAAUGAGCUUCAGUGGCAUCUUUCGCUCCACAUCAAAGGAUUCCUCCGGCAGCUCCACCUCUACCUCGCCUGUCUCCAUGAAGUUCUUCUCCAGGUCCAGGAAAGCCUCGGGACUCUCAACUCCCUCCACGCCGGUACAGUCGACCAAGCCAGCCUUCCCCCUGGAAUCGUACAAGCAGGAACCGGAGCGCCUGGAUGCUCGCACUCGCUCCUACUCAUCUCCACCCGACUCGGGCCAACGCUUCACCGUCUCAGUGCCUCCAGCAGCCACCCCGGCUAAGCCUUUCACGCCACUCUCCAGCUACAAUGCUACCUCGAAACCAGUGCAAGGCUCGGCGGAAGGCAUGCUGGAGAAGCUGGAGCUGGACGAUGAAGCCGAAGAGUCAGACAGUGAUAUUUAUAUGAGAUUUAUGAAAUCCCACAAGUGCUAUGACAUCGUUCCCACCAGCUCAAAGCUCGUUGUAUUUGAUACUUCAUUGCAAGUGAAGAAGGCCUUCUUUGCUUUGGUGGCGAAUGGUGUUCGAGCAGCCCCGCUUUGGGAAAGCAAAAAACAAAGUUUUGUAGGAAUGUUAACCAUAACAGACUUCAUAAACAUACUGCAUAGAUACUACAAGUCACCCAUGGUGCAAAUUUAUGAGCUGGAGGAGCACAAGAUUGAAUCAUGGCGAGAGCUAUAUUUACAGGAAACAUUCAAGCCUUUGGUGAACAUAACACCAGAUGCAAGCCUCUUCGAUGCAGUAUAUUCGCUCAUUAAGAACAAAAUUCAUCGGUUGCCCGUCAUCGAUCCCGUCAGUGGAAAUGCACUUUAUAUCCUCACUCACAAAAGAAUUCUAAAGUUUUUGCAGCUUUUUGUCUCUGAGAUGCCAAAGCCUGCCUUUAUGAAGAAAACACUGGAGGAACUUGGAAUAGGAACGUACCUUAAUAUUGCCUUCAUCCAUCCAAACACCCCUAUUAUAAAAGCCCUAAGUAUAUUUGUGGACAGGAGAGUUUCUGCAUUGCCUGUCGUGGAUGAGUCAGGGAAGGUUGUAGAUAUUUAUUCCAAAUUUGAUGUUAUAAAUCUUGCUGCUGAAAAGACCUACAAUAACCUGGACAUCACCGUAACCCAGGCACUGCGGCACCGCUCACAGUAUUUUGAGGGGGUGGUGAAGUGUCACAGGCUGGAAACACUGGAGACAACGGUGGACAGAAUAGUUAAAGCUGAGGUUCAUCGGCUGGUGGUGGUUGAUGAGAAAGAAAGUAUUGUGGGAAUCGUCUCGUUGUCUGACAUUCUGCAGGCUCUUGUGCUCACGCCAGCAGGUAUAGAUGCACAAUAUUCCUAAUAUCCUGGAGUCUGACCACUGACCCCUUCCUCUAAGCACUCAGGUUCUGUAAGAAAGGAAAGUAUUUCAGAAUGACAGAUUACAAUAGAACACAGAAGGUUGUUGACAAGAAUGCUUGGAAGCUUCUUAUUAGUUCUGGGCCAGAUGAACGCUGACGACAGCAGAGAAGAGAAGGCACAAGAUUGUAAAUCACAGAAGUGAAAUGGUUUAAUCAAACACUCUAGCUGGAUCUGAAAAGUAUUUGUGACAAUAUGUGACGCCAAACACGCGAUCUUGCUCACUGAAUACCAUUGGCCGAUACAGCUGUAAUGUUGCAGUUAAGACUUUGAAAGAAUUUAUUUUGCAAAAAAAAACUAUUAGCGACUAUAUCUGAAAGAUAUUUUUUAAAUAUCGCAUUAAACCCAGAGCAAUUUGAAUGGCUGUUUUAUUUCCGCAGGUUUAUGAGUGUGUUGUUCAUGGCAUGGAGUGUAAAUCAACCCACUCCAUUGUGCGAAUUCUCAUGGAAAAGAACUCAAACUUAGUUUGGACCUGCACACACGUACACCACAAUCCUCCAAUUCAGUAGGAGCACGUAGUGUGAGAACUGUACUGUAAAUAGGAAGUUAUUAAGGGGAAAAUGUGCCCGAGAAAGGUAUAUUUUUAGGUGUGUGAAAAUGUAAAAUUAUGUUUGUACGAUUGCACAUUUAAAUUUUUUUUGUAAAUGAUAUUAUUUUCAUAUGGCUGCAAGAAUGGGGAAGGGUGGGGUGUUGUCCGUGUAAAUGCAUAAAGGCAUGAAGGCGGCGGUUGAUGUAAUAGGUUUGUGUGUUUGAAAGAGCGGAGAGGAGAAAGGGAAGUAAGUGCUUGCUGCGGAGCAGGAUUGUUGGGCAUGGAAAGAAACACGUGUGGCAAAACUUUGUGAAAGUAAUAAUGCACUUUAAAAACAUGGCCAUUCAUUGUGUAGCAAAUCGACACAAACGACGGGAAGGGACGUUCAUGUCCCUGCUGCCCCCACCACCUCACCCCCAAACCCAACUUACAAAUCUGCAGUUUGUAGUUGGUGGGUGAAAUGCAAACCUAACCCCCAGAUCCUUGCGUAGAUCAAAAUGCCAACAAAAAAAUUGUAUUUGGAAUGAUUGCCAUCACCUGUUAACCUGAUAUCGAUGCGGGGAGGCUAGGCUUUGAAUCUGGUGAGGUCUGUAGGCUAUUCAAUUCAUCGUUUAGUUGACUCUGAAUCUUGCAUUCUCUUCCUUCUAGCCUCCCACCACUGCCCCCAAGAAAUUAAUCACUGGUGGUGAUUCUGUAAUGUCAGUGAAUUCUAUACUUUUGCUUUCGUAAGGAUUGUGUAAAAAGUGAACGGGUGUGUGUAUGACGGGAAUGUGUCGUAACUUUGAACACCUUGCGAAUAAUGCCGUCCUCCUCUGUAAAUGCUUUGAGUAGAGGACCUGUGAAAAGUUUGCUCAACCCAAUAUUACAUUCUCGGCCUUUUGAUCUGGGUUGAUGAAGUUAACAUCACGUAGUUGCAAUUUAAGUGCCAUUAAAAUUAUUCAAUCAAAGUGAUGUGAACUGAUUCUAAAUGUAGCUUAUUAAAACUUUCUUGUAUUAUACUUUGAAUGCUGUCCUGCAUUACUUCAGUGCAUUAUGUAUACAGUAUUGUACAUUGUUAAUGUUGAAUAAAGAAGGUUUAAUUGCCAACUGCAA